AUGCCUCUGCCCCCCCCCUCUGUGAUCGCCGACAGCAUCACCAACGACUCCAUGAGCCUUUCAUUCAGCUUCAACUCCCCGUACGAGGUGAAGCAGUACAUAGUGAUUCUGUACUGGCAGUUUGACACACAUGUUAAGGAGAGCAGAAACUACACGGUUCAACAGGGGAUCCUGAAAGCUUCUAACCUAACAGCAGGCACAUUGUAUGAGGUGGCUGUUUGGGCUCACACCAGUAUAGGAGACAGUCCCACCGCCCUGUCCCAUCAUCAGACCAUUGGCUCUCAGCCGGAGCGGCCCCUCCUCAAAGCCCGGGCCCUCAACCAGACUGCUGUGGACUGUAGCUGGACCAUCGGCAAUACCACCGCUCAGGUGUACGGUGUGUUUUACGCCACCUCCUUCCUGGACCUGUACCGCAGCCCGCGUCAGUUCCACUCCACGUCUCUCAGCCUCACAGUGACGGUGGACAGCGACGAACAGUAUCUCUUCCUGGUGCGUGCCGUCUCUCCCUACCUGGGCCCUCCCUCGGAAUACGCUGUGGUGAAAAUGAUUCCCAAUGAGCGGCUGCCACCCAGAAACCUCCAUCGUGUGCGAGUGGACAGAACUCAGGCCACGCUGAAGUGGCAGCCCCCGUACGACGCCCCCAACGCAGCUCUGGUACGACACUGCUUAUGGGGAUGGGGAUUCAUGAUGAUGAGCAUCAGGAUCAGGAGGGUUGACUGA